AUGGAUCCAUAUCGACCAACACCAUCUUAUGCUACUUAUCGACCACAGCAGUAUGCGCCUCCUGCUGGAGGGCCACCGAAUGUUCAAGGAUAUGGACAACCUCCUCGGCCUGCAUAUAUGCCAGGAGUACCACCACAACGUCCUAACUACCUGAAUCCUGCACAGAGACCCCCUUUUGGCGCCAUGCAAUUAGGUGGUGCACAACAAAUGUUAGGCCAGGCAGAAGCGGAAAAACUAACGACACUUUUCAUUGGAGGCAUAUCGCCUGGUGUGACUGACGAUUGGAUGGAAAAAAUUCUAAAGGUCUGCUUAACACCGCACGCUGCUAACCCUUCACUUUUGAUCCCUAUUUUAUCCGCAUUCUUGAAAAUAAUUAAGACGUGCGGCAAUUUAAAAUCAUGGAAGCGGGUGAAAGAUCAGGCAAAGCCCAAAGGAUUCGGUUUUGCUGAAUAUAUGGAUGCUGAUAGUGUUCUACGUGCAUUGCGUGUGUUGGGUGGAGAAGGAUCAGGUGAUGAUAAAAAGGAUAAAGGUGUUAUUUUGCCUGCUUUGGAAGAAGGGGCUGUUGGGAAAAAAUUGAUCGUAAAAGUUGAUGAUAACACGCGAAAAUUUCUAGAUCAAUAUGAAGCAUCAAGACCCAGAACAGUGCAUGAUACAGAAUUGGAUAAAAAUGCACUUUUAGCGGUUAUAGAUGUAGUUGAAGAAAUGACAAAGCCACCGCCAGAACAAAUCACCUCACCAUCAGAAUCUUCUCAUCCUGAUAAUAAAUCAAUUGCCCCAUCAUCCCCUCGGCCUGAAAAUGUUGAGCGGGAUGAAGAAACUGACUUACCAGCCGAUCUACCACCUGAACAAAAAGACUUAAUAUAUAGAGAAAUAGCGUUUUUCAGAGAACGUGCUGCUCAGCGAGAACGGGAACGUCAAAGAGAGGAUGAAGAGCGGGCCACUCGUAGAGCAAGAGCUGAACAAGCUAGGCAGGAGCGUUCUCGUGCUAGGAUGAAAGACAUGGCUUUUAAAGAGCGAGAACGCCGCUGGGAGGCUCGAGAAGCAACUGUAGCUCGCGGUUAUGAACGUGAAGAUCAAAGAGAAAUAGAUCAGAGAGAAAAAGAAAUAAGGGAUCGUGAAUUGGCGGCAAGGAAAUUUGCUGAAUGGGAUGAUGACCUUGAAGCCGAGCGAGGUGUUGAGGAAUAUUAUAGAGAUCGAACUCGUUGGUGGCAUCAUCGUCAACAAUUUAGAGCACGAGAAUUGGCCCAGGACGAACAAGACAGGAUUCACGAGGAACAAGAAAUUGAGGCUGAAAAACGCCGACAAGAAUGGGAACGAAUGUUAGAAGAGGAGAAAAAACAACGAACAGAAGCAGAAGCAUCAGAAUCGAAUGGCAAAAAAGCUGCUAUUUCAGCAACGCAUACUUCAUCGAAUGGUGAUGCACAAAUUAAUAAUAAUGGUAAAUCUAAAAAACUGACUCUUAAUAUUUCAAAUAAGCGACGAACUACAUUAAUCGCUCCUGCCGAGGAGGAGGAUGAUUCUGAUGACGAGGAAACAGAUGCCAAAAAGAAAAAGCGUGUCUUGGUUCCAUUGGAGUACAGCGAUGACGAUGAUGAUGAAAAGAAAACAGAAGAUAGGAAGAGAAAAAUUACAGAUUUAGUGGCGACUAUUCCGACAGAUAAAGAAGGACUUUGGAGUUGGAAUGUCAAAUGGGAUGAAUUAGAUGAGCAAAUUCUCAAUCAAAAAUUGCAGCCGUUUAUCAGCAAAAAAAUUGUCGUUUAUCUCGGCGUGCAAGAAGAUGAACUUGUUUACUUUGUAAUGGAUCAUUUACGAAAUAAAAAAUCUGCUGUAGAACUUACUAAAGAAAUGGAACAGACAUUGGAUGAAGAAUCAGAAUUAUUUGUGAUGAAAUUGUGGCGAAUGUUGAUUUACGAGACUGAAAGCAAAGCAAGAAAAAUCCAGUGA